AUGCGGCACAAGGGCUUCCUCUCCACUGCAGCUGAUGCGUGCAACCGUUGCUCUGGAUCGUCACAGCUAGCUCAUCAUACCCUAGCUGGUCCAUCAAGGCUUGCCCUGAUCGCACCCGCACCAUCGAGCUUGCCAUCACCUCCUCCUCCGCCAAUAUCCACACUGCCAUCUUCAUCUUCAUCUUCAUCCCUCUCCUCCUCACCUAUCCUCGCGUCAACUUCGGCGGGCGUCCGUUCUCGCAUCGCAAAUGAUCCUCGCCUUCGUCCAGCAAAGUUCAUCUCUCGUGGCAUCGGCCCGGGCCAUCUGUCUUUCCUCUAUCCACCAUCCUGCCUCGAGCUGACUCGCAACUCGGCGAUACGAGCAAAGUCGUCUCUCGCGCCCACAAUUGCCGUCGCUGCACCCGCAACCGCCGCGCAGCAGCUUGCUACACCGUCGCACGACGAACACGACCAUCAUCACCAUCUUUCCGCUCGCCUUGAGCCCGAUUUCACCUUCUUACGUCGUCGAUAUCAUCCACCGCAACAACUUGUCCGCCAACCAGCCAACCACACUCUUCUUCAACAAGAUGCAAACAGCCCCCAAGAUCACAUAGCAGCACCAAAUUGGUCAAGUCAACACGCCCCUUUUCCCGCCAACACACGGCCACAGCAUCUGGUCGACGCAUCAGCUGCUGCUUUGCUUUCGCUACGCCGCCGUCGCCACGUCCUCCGUCAGUCACUUCAGAAUGGCCGAAUCACCGACCCGGACACGAUUGUCAAGCAAUGCCGUCGUCUCGUCCUCCAGUCGUGCCGCGUUACCUCGCGAUGGCACGCCAGCACUGCUCGCGCAAUUGCUUCCGAGACUGUAUCCGACUGCGCUUCCCAUCUCGCUGCUGCAGCUCAACCAGUCGCGGCUGCCAAAGUUGUUCGUUACUGUCUAGUAAAGCUCGGCUGGCAUCCUCGUCCCAACUCCCAACCCGAUUCAGCUCCUCCGUCCGCUUCUGGUGCUACCCUGAAUCGCGACACAAGCGCAUCGUCAACCAUACCGACCACACCAUCGACGCCAUCAUCCACGCUCUGGCUCGCCGCGCAACAGAUCAUCUCUCAACUGACGCUCGCGCCUUCACCACUCAGCCCGCGACCUAGCCGACGUUUUGAAUCACCGCAGCACCUCGAUGCUGCCACCUCGCUUGUAUCGGCUAUGCACUUGAGCCAGAUGCCUCGAUCCACGGCCUCGCAGACAGCCCUUUUACGAGCCCUGAUUGCUUCCAGCCAGAUCCAACUAGCUGUUCACACAUAUGCCUCCGAGGUGCGAGCUUGGUGGGCCGCUCAUAAAAAAGUACGCCGUCCAAGCUCACUGCUACGACGUCAAGCUACUCUCCUCAUGCACAUCGGCAAACCCAGCUCGCAAGCUCUUCGUGAGAUCACACGCGCUAUGCAGCAUCUCGAACAGCUCGUCUCUCGCGUCCGACCCGAUGUCUUGUCUCUGCUUCCACAGCACGAGCAAGAGGUGCUCCACGCCAAACGUGCCGAGUAUGCUGAUUCGCUAGUCGAGCUCAUCCGUCUGGUACGCGCAGGACGCUUGCCUCUGCCGCCUGCAGCUAGUGCACCAGAGAUCGCCUGGAUCGUUUCCGCAUCCUGCCGCUUUGAAGCCACCAUGCUUCUCGAAGAACCAGUUGCCAAAAACUUCAAACCAACCUCGCCGUCAUUGGACGCUGCAGAGAAACGCACAUUACGAUCCGCAGCUCAGAUCAUCCGUUGCUUUCUCUGCGAGUAUAUGCGCUCUCUUCCUGAUGGAAAGUCGCGUUCGUCGCGAGACAUGCUGGUCCAAGGCGUUCCCGUGAUUCGACCAGCCAUUGGGAUCGUCGUCUACAAUCGACUCAUUCACUACGCCUUGUCAACACUCAGAUCACCUUCCAUGUGUAGAGAGGUCUUUCAGCACAUGACUCAGCUUCGUCAGCCACCGCUCGAGCCUGAUGCCGUCACCUUCAACAUCAUCCUCCGUCAGGCCACUACCCAGCGCUACGGAUCACUCGCACGAGCUGUAUUAACCACAAAGCGUGCCGAGCAGCCGCAGUCUCACACCUCGGACGUCAGUUCCGAGCAACCUAGUCCAGUUGUAGCGCAGACCACUUCAGAUGCCACCGCUGCAAACACCAAUAGGGUAUCGUCACCAUCGUCAUCAGCGGCAACAGCAGCAGUAUCCGCAGCCUCGAAGCGCACUGCGAUCGACAGUGAGCUGCGUUCGAUUAGGCCCAUGAUUCAGCAAAUCGAUGCUGCGAUUGCCCAGGCCGACUCGUACCGUCUGGUAGCGCUGGUCCAGUAUGUGACUGCAUCGGGUCUCUUCUUGCGUCGUUACCGACACGAGCCUGGGCAUGCCGGCGUUAAGGAGUUGGUAAUGCGCAUCUAUCCGUCGCUCAACAAGCAGCGCUCUGCACAGGCUGGCGUGAUGGGAGCGCCCGACUCACAACAGCAACGUUCAAAUCUUGCUCUGCGUCCGAAAGCGAACCAGGCGUCUCGCCACGCUAUCCUCGAUCCGCACGUCUUGACCGCGACGCUCAACCUUGCCGCUAAAGCCGGCAAGACAGGUCUGGCUUUGCGCAUCUGGCGACUGAUUAAGCGUACCAGCCUGCAGAGCGCUUUGCAGUCUGCUGCGAUCGAUGUCGCCAAGAAGCUGUGGCAGAUUCCUGUCGAGGCUGCUACCAUCCUGAUGAGCGUGUUGGCAAGCGAAGCUGCAAGAGCCCCCAAGGUGCGGCCUUCGCUGAGAGUGCAUCGGCAGCGCACGUCCUCGGUUGGAGUGUCGCGAAAGACACCUUUGAGGACGUCCAGGCUUGUCGUUCGUCGGCAGUAUGCGCGCGGUUGGAACAUGGUUGCAUCGUUACGAGGGCGCUCGCGUGCGAAAUGGCUCAGUUCGAGCGCAAGCAUGCACAACCGCGCCGCUGAGUUCGGCGAGGGUCUGCGGUGGAGAGCUGCACAGCUACUGGCCAAACGCGAAUAUGCUUUCCUCGUGCAUCACUGGCAGCUGUCACGUAGACUGUCGAGCUCGCGUCGUCAGCGAUUGGUGGAAUUGGUUCAGAUGGGUCAGGGCGAAUCCUCGGCAAGGAGUAAAGUUGCAGCCGAACCAGCCGCAGUAGCAGCAGAUGCUCAAGAUGCGCUGGACACGAGUGUGCAGCCAGACUCGCGCUUUUACGAUGCGCUCCUGGAUGUGUUUGGCCAUAGACCUGGCAUGAUGCAGCGUAGCAGGAGGCAUCGUUCGCGUGCAGAGACGCUGGCGCAGCUUCGUCGUGGAUACAAGCAGAUGCUCAAGAAAGUCAGUGCGGCGUCAGAUGGACUUGCUCCAAGUGGUGUGACUGAGCAACUGACUGGCACUGUCUCCGAACACGAUAGCCCCACCCUUGCGGAACCACCCACUCUCGUAGACAAGGCACUCACACUUUCAACCAGCCAGCUGCUGCAUACACUCGCUGCGCGCAUCAGCUGCAACUCGCGCGGUCGAUCGACAUGUCUUACACCAGAUCCGUUCCUUGUGCGCAUCUUGGUCGACAUGCAGGUCUUGCAGCUCGACAUCCCGGUUGGCUAUCGAUGGAUCCUCGCACACUGCACAAUCACAACCACCACCGCUGGGCAAGCUCGAGUACCGAAUCUGCUCCAGAAUAGUGUCGUUGCGACAAGCACAAGGGAACGCGGUGCCUUUUCGGCGUUCAGAGGCGCAAGAGUCAAGACAGUUGGACUUGUUGCUAGACGUGGGCUGAAAAGAGGGUGA